AUGGCACCUAAAGUAGCUGCUGGUACAGUUGGAGCAAACGGUGUUGUCAAGAAAAAGCGCGUUGUCACCACCGCAGCGGACAGAGAGAGAGCCAAAAACAAAGCCGCAGAUGCCAGAUAUGAAGCGGCAAAGACUGAUGAAGCAAGAGCCUGGAUCAAUCCCGCUAAGUUGCUCAAUGACUUCUUCUCCAGAGACAGAGAAGAUGUUAUGGCCCUCAAAAUCGGCGCAGGAACCCGACGAGAUAUUUGUGCCAGAGCUGAAGCUUUGGGCUUGCACGUCCAGAUGUUCGAUACACAAUCACGCAGGAAUGGACCUUUGGAGAGCUGGAUAGUGCUUGGACUUCUAAGUUCGAGGCAUCUCGUGGACGACAAAGUCAGAGACAUUCAGCGUCAAAGCAAGAGAGAACUUCAGCGUGCGGAGGAUGAGGCCGAAGAUGAAGACGAAGCCGAUGCUGGAGCCGAAGGGCCCAAGAAUCCGGCCGAGAUGAUUGAUCCAUCUCUCCGUGAGCAGAAAGCUCCUGUGGCUCAGAUGAUGCUACCACCUCUCCGACAAGCCACCACUAAGCCUAAGGAUAUCGUCCAGGACCUACCAGAUCAAACUUCAAAGACAACAACUGAGACUGCCCAAAUGAGUUUGCCAAGCGAAGAGAUCGAGGCAGCGAAACAACUCAGCGAUCUCAAAAGCUCCGCCAUGCCAGCAAGACCAGUGUUCAGACCAGAAUCUAGCCAGGUGGAAGCCACUCGUUCAAGCGAGACCCCAGUAGUGCCUGACGCUCCGCCUUACGACAGUACUGCAGAACAAGCUGUAGCUGAAGAUGCCACCGAAAAUGAUCGCAUCGCGUCUUGGGUAUCUCAACAAGCUCAACCAGGCCAAACAGACAAAGACACCCUCGACCUCACCGGAACUUGGAAAAUCACCUGCGCGGCUAUCGCCGAACAACUAGGCUCCUCCUCAUCUGACCUGACCAUGAAGAUCCACCUCGAGCCAACUCAACCCCAGUCCGACAACGACACCGAUGAUGACCCCGCGACCACCUCCGUCACCUCCUCAGAUCAACUUACAGACACCCAAAAAGCCCGCCUCGGGACCUAUCAACUCUGGGCAACCUUCAACUUCGGCCUCUACCACGGUCUCAUCCGCUUCAUGUCCCCCACAACCCCCAACACAUCCCCCCUCACACGCUCUUCCUUCGACCUGUCACCCACCCAACUCCCCUCGUCCAAAAACCUCACGUUCCAAUAUAAAUGGCGAGGCCGCGAGACGUCCGACGAGGAAAUCAGCCUCGAAGCCGAAAAGGCAAUUCAGUGGGUGAAAUUCGAGGAAAAUGGUGUCAAGCUUACUGGUGUGUUUGAGAGUGAAUAUUUGGGUGAGACUGGAUUUGAAGGGCAGAAGAUUGGCAAGGGAGAGGGAGAGAAAGAGGAUCUGGGUCGGAUGUGGAGCAAGGUUAGUCCUCAAGCCCACGAGGCCGAGGCGAAGUCGAAGGAGUAG